AUGAGCGGCACGCUGUUCCUGCAGCACCUAGUCGCCGUGGCCUCCAGCUCCCCACCAACCGCCCUCGACACAGAGAAAGCAGCGGCCCAGGCGGGCGCAAACCUGAUGGGCGCCGGCGCUCCUGUCCAUCGCCCGGGACAGCAGAGCGAGGCAACCCCACCGGGCGGCUACUCGACGCCGCCCGCUCGCCCUCCCACCGAGCGCACCGGCGGCGCCGGCGACGGUGGCUCGGGUGGGUUUGACAUGGGCCGUGCGGUGGAGCGGCACCUCGGCCUGCAUUGGCAGUGGAGGGCUGGAAUCAAGGGCGCGUCGCGCAUCGGCAGGGGGACGUCUGAGGGCGGCGCGCAGUCGGCCCUGCUGCUGCAGUGCGAGCACUGGCUCGAAGCCGCCGACCCGAAGCACCGGUACGGCGCCAACCUGCGCCCCUACUUCCAGCACUGGUGGGAGCAGCAGCAGGAGCAGCGGGAGCGGGAGCGCGAGCAGCGCGGCGCAGCCGCGGCCGCGGCCGCGGCGCGGCGGCACGAGGCGCCUGGGCACGCGGGGGCCCGGGAGGCAGGGGGCGUGUGCGUGGGCGCCGCAAGCGCUGCGCCAGGGGCGUGUGCUGACGAGGACGAGUUGGACUUGCAGGAGGAGCUGGAAGGCGGCUUGGAGGCAGCCCCUGCGGCCAAUGGCGGCGCCGCUGGCGCGGCCGUGCCUGCCGCACUCGCGGGCUGCCCGCCUGUCGCGGCCGUGCCCUCGCUGCAUCCGACGGCCGACGACUCACAGCUGGCAAACUCGGGGCGCCACCUCAUGCGCCAGAGCCUGGCUGGCUGCCCGCCCGCGCCCGCUGCGGCCGGGGCGGCGGACGGCGGCGGGGACGCGCCGCGGCCGGGGGACGCGCCGGAGGCGUCGCCGCAGCGGCCGCGGGUGAUGCGCCGGUCCCAUUCUGCACCGCGUUUGAAAGAUAUCGCGGCUCUUGGAAGCUUGGAGGGCGGCAGUUGCGGCGGCGGCGGGGGUGCAGGAGGUGGUGGAGGAGGAGGCGGUCCCGGGGUUGGGCUGGCCCCUGCGCCCCGGCCGGCGGCCCCUCCGCGCGCGGCGAGUGUUUGCGGGGAGGCGUCGGCGUCGGCGGCUGCCGCAGCGGCGGUGGGCGCGGCAACGGUGGCGCCGGCCAUCUGGCAGCCGCUGGCGGCGGCGGAUGCGGCGAGAGGCUCUGGCGGCGCUGCCAUGCACGAGGAGCAGCAGCAGCAACAGCAGCAGCAACAGCAGCAGCAGCAGCAGCAGCAGCAACAGCAACAGCAGCAUGACGGACGGACAGCACUCCCGUCGCCAAAGCUCGCCGAGCCCCAGCAACCCCGCCGCUCCAACCACAGCGGCGCCCACGCGCCCGCCCACGCCCACGGCCACGCCCACGGCCCCGGCCACGCGCCGCGGACGCACGCCGACGCGCGCUUCUUCUACUGGCUGGACGAGGGCCGGGGGCAGCAGCUCGACCUGUCAGACCGCGGGGUGCCCCGCAGCAAGCUGGAGCGGGAGCGGGUGACGUACCUGUCUGAGGGGGAGCUCGAGCGGCUGGAGGUGCGGGUGGACAGGGAGAGGGGCGGCGUGCUGGUGUACCGCGCGAGUGGCGCACUGGUGGACACGGGGUCGGAGAUGCAGCUGGUGCAGGCGGAGGGGGGCCGGCGGCAGCAGCAGCAACCGCAGCAGCUGCAGCAGCAGCAGCAGCAACCACAGCCGCAGCAGCAGCAGCAGCAACCACAGCCGCAGCAGCAGCAGCAGCAGCAGCAGCAGCAGCAGCAGCAACCACAGCAGCAGCAGGAGCAACCACCGCAGGAGCAGCAGCAGCAGCAGCAGCAGCAGCAGCAGCAGCAACCACAGCAGCAACAACCACAGCAGCACCUGACAAACAGGAAGGGGACUGCGACCAAGAAGUACAAGGACGAUGGGGGUGGGUUUGAGAUCGAUGCGAUCGUGCUGUUGCGCAUGGCCGAUGCAGCGGCGCCUGCGGGCGCAGGCGCCGCAGACCGGGCGGAGUGUCGUGGCGGAGGCAGCGGGGCUGGCGGCACGGGGCGGGCAGCAGCGAUGGUUGCUGCAGCGCGGGACUUGGCUGCUCACGGUGGACAUGCUGAGGCAAAGCAGAAGCAGCAGCAAAAUCAGCAGCAGCAGCAAAACCAGCAGCAGCAGCAGCAGCAGCAGCAACAGCAGCAACAACCAGUCCGUCAGGAGCAGCAGCAGCCGCAGCAACAGCAGCAGCAGCAGCAGCAGCAGCAGCAGCAACAAAAGCAGCAAAAGCAGGGCGCCUUGCCCGCGGCGCAGCCUGUGCGUGCACUUGCUUCGGCGCUGGCUGGGGUGCCGGCUGAUCCCAAGGAAGACAUCCUGCAUUUUGAGGCCAAGCCCUGCAAAUGGAUCUGGGUGCUGGAUACGAGCGGGCGCCUGUACAUUCACGCCAAGCACCGCGGCAGCUUCCACCACAGCAGCUUCCUGCGGGGCGGUGCCGUCCUGUCAGCAGGGGGCAUCGUUGUCAAGCAGGGCCGCAUCGUAAAGCUCACAGCUGACAGCGGCCACUACCGCCCCAACUUUGCCAACUUCAUGAGCACCGUGCAGCUGCUGCAGGACUGGGGCGCAGACCUGUCUGCCACCAAGCUCUCGGCGAAGCACAUAUCCUGCCCGGUCUAG